AUGGAGCAAAUCAACACCGUGAUAACUGAUUUAUCUGUCACUUUUUGCGCUUCCCCUGGCGCCUCUGCCGCCUGUUCUCUGGAGCAACAGAGAUGGAAUCGCCUCGAAAAAGAUCUCUACCUCCACGCGGGCGAGCAGACAGCAUGGAUAUUCCUUGAAGAAAGGAACGAGGUCAAUAUCACCAAUGGCAAUCGUGUCAUCACGGAUGUCUGGGUGGGCGCAACAAAGCCCACUGCUGAUGCUGAAGACAGCUGGGAAGAACGGCCUUGCGGCAUUUGGAUCCUGAGGAGCCAUUACACUGACCAUAAUUUGAGGAUCUUGACAGGUAUCGACGUCCUUUUCGGCAAGGAUGCUGUCGACCCACGACCAGGCUGGACACUGCUGAGCGCACCUCUCCAGCUUGAUGACCAACCGGACGUGCCCACCCCAAGAAUUUCGGCGCGAUACGGCCGUCCAUUACCUGGACCCGGUGACCCAAAAACACCCUUGAGAGUUCAUGAAGAUGGGAAAUUCAAGAUCGUCCAGAUAUCCGACACGCACAUGGUCACCGGUCCUGGGGUUUGCAACGAUGCCAUCGACGCAAAUCGUCGGCCUUUGCCAAGCAUUGAAGCUGAUCCGAACACGAUCCAGUUUAUCGGGGAUAUACUGGACGUCGAGAAGCCCGACUUGGUGAUACUCAGCGGAGAUCAAGUACACCACGAUGUCCCAGACACACAAACCCCUCUAUUCAAGGUUGUGUCACCUUUGAUCAGUCGAUCAAUUCCUUUCGCGGUUGUUUUUGGGAAUCACGAUGAUGAGGGCACCCACGCAUUAUCGCGCGAGAAACAAAUGUCAAUAUUGCAAGAUCUUCCAUUCUGUUUAGCGGAGCCUGGCCCCGAGUCAAUCGAUGGCGUGGGCAACUACUUUCUCCCACUCUUUUCCAGCGACGAAAGGCAGGUUCCAGUAGCAACUCUCUUCUUUUUUGACUCACAUGGACAAAUUACGAGCACGGUCAAGAAUCCCGACUACGAUCCGAUCCAGCAAAACCAAAUCGAUUGGUUCACCUCCAUUUCACAGAACUUAAGAAAGAAUCGUGUGGCAGAGGGUACCGGUGGCUUCCAUCAUCUUUCUCUGGCUUUCAUGCACAUCCCCUUCCCCGAAUACGCAGGAGAUAGUCUGUCGAUAAGCGGUGGCAAGCGGAGGGAACCAACCGAAGGCCCCAGCUUCAACGCCCAUCUCUAUGAUGCUCUGGUACAAGAGGAAGUAUCUGCGGUGGGCUGUGGCCACGAUCAUGUCAACGACUUUUGCGCUGUCCUACCGCAAUCAGAGCGAGGCCAGUCGGCGGGAGACGAUAACAAAUCGGUCAAGCGCGGCCCAUGGCUCUGUUACAACGGAGGCAGCGGAUUCGGGGGUUACUGUUCAUACGAUGAACAUCGAUACUACAGAAGGACACGUGUCUGGGAGAUUGACGCGAUCCAGGGCAGGUUGAAGACAUGGAAACGCAUCGAGUACUCCGGCAACCCAUUCGAGGAAGUAGUACUUGUAGAAGGUGGACAAAUCACAGCUCCCUCAACAACGUUAGACAUCGAGAAGACAUGCACAAUCCUAUAG